AUGCCUCUCGCAACACACUUCACCCUUAACACGGGCGCCAAGAUCCCCGCCGUCGGCUUCGGCACGUGGCAGGCCGGCCCGCACGAGGUCGAGCGCGCCGUCGAGACAGCCCUGCGCUCCGGGUACCGUCACAUCGACUGCGCCGCCAUCUACCGCAAUGAGGCCGAGGUCGGCGAGGGCAUCCGCAAGAGCGGCGUGCCGCGGUCCGACGUCUUCGUCACGGGCAAGCUGUGGAACACCAAGCACGCGCCCGAGGACGUCGAGGCCGGCCUCGACAAGACGCUGGCCGACCUCGGCACGGACUACCUGGACCUGUUCCUUAUGCACUGGCCCGUAGCCUUCAAGCCGUCGGACAAGUGGUUCCCCAUCGAUUCCCAGGGCGUUUUUGAGCUGGCCGACAUCGACCCGGCAGAGACUUGGGCGGCCAUGGAGAAGCUCGUGGCCAAGGGCAAGGUCCGCGCCAUCGGCGUCUCCAACUUCACCAAGCAGCGCCUCGAGGCCCUCCUCGCCAAGACGACGACGGUGCCCGCCGUCAACCAGGUCGAGGCCCAUCCGUACCUUCAGCAGCCCGAGCUCCUGGCGUUUUGCAAAUCCAAGGGCAUCCAGCUGGCCGCCUACUCGCCGCUCGGCAACAACCAGACAGGCGAGCCGCGGACGGUGGACGACCAGCUCGUCGGCGAGCUGAGCAAGCAGCUGGGCAUCGACGGCGGCCAGCUGCUCGCCUCGUGGGGCGUCCAGCGCGGCACCGUCGUGCUGCCCAAGAGCGUCACGCCGAGCCGGAUCAAGUCCAACCACCAGGUCCGCGAGCUGCCGGCCGACGUGUUCGACAGGCUCAACGGCCUCGAGAGGAACAAGCGCUUCAACUGGCAGACGAGGUGGGGGUUCGACAUCUUCCAGGAGCUGGGCGAGGAGGAGGUCAAGCGCGUGGCGAGGGAGACGGGGCCCGAGAACCUGACCAAGUUUACAGUGUAG